AUGAUGGUCCGAUGCAGCAGCUUCACAAUCACCUCCAGCCUCCUUUUGCUCUGUUUGGGGACGUCCCCGUAUCUUUCUUCUGUGAGUGGGUUUGUCGCACCUCAAGCUGGUCGCUACACUUCAGUUGGAUCUACCAGAGUCUCCGCCAGAUCGAUCCUGUCUCUUCGGGUAUCGGCUGCGUCUCAAGACGAGCAAGAGACCACGCAACAACCAACACCGGAGGACGAUGACGGCAAAUACGACGACAGCGUUCGUCGAGGACUGCGUCGCUUGGCUCAACUUAGCUUGGAAGAUUACGAUUGGCGAAUGUCCCUGUUCCGAGAAAAAGAUGCUGAAAGGAAGGUCGAGGAGAGUCUUGCAGUCAUGAUGGGAGAAGAUGCGUCCUAUGUGAGACCGAUGGAUGCUAGUGAUUCCAAAAUUGGCCCCCUGGGCCGCGCGGAAAAGGCCGCAGUGGACUGGCUGUCUGAAGUUAUCGACGAAGAGGGUCGAAGAGCCAAAAAAAUUGUCAACACGGAUGGUCAAUUAGUCAGACCUAUUGAGGCAGGAGACGGCACGGGAGAACUGGGGCCUUUGGGUAAGCUCGAACUGCAAUUUGUAGAUUUCCUUAACUCUAUCCGAACAUCCGAAAGGCUGCGGAUUUCGGAGGGUGUUUGGCGCCCCAAAGAUUUGGAGGAAUCUACUCGAGGCCCUUUGGGUCAGUUGGAGUUGUCGGUGGUGUCGGCAAUUCGAAACAUUCAAGAAGCGGAAAUGCUGCGUAUGGAACAAUCACGAAUUCGGGGCGGAGAAGUAGUGAGACCCAUCGAUGUCCCCGGGCCAUUGGGCGAGUUUGAACUGGCAGUGGCUGAGAUGAUCCAAACAGAACGACUGCGCGCAAAGGAUGGGCAAGACAAUGAAUCCAUUGUCCGACCAAAAGAUGCCGCUGUCAAAGGCAAGUUAGGCGAAGCAGAAAUGCAAGCAGUUGACGCUUUACGGCAACUUACCGAGGAAGAACGGGAACGACUACGCAACAUCAAAAGACGACUAGAGGACAAUCGUCCAAUGUCGAUGGACAAAAAGUCGCUAUUGGGGAUCCUUGAAUCCAUUUUGGUUGGCAUGUUUCGUGCUCCAGCUCUUUUGAUUGGAGUGAUUCAACGCGUUGUGGAGUUACUUCAGAGUGAAAGUAUUAGCGAGAAAGACAAGGCCAUACUCGAGAAUCGCGAGAUGCCAGAACAGGAAAAACCCAAGAAACAGGACUGA